CGGUAACGGACAACUGCGUAACAAUCGGCCUCAUGUAGAGUGCUCUGACAAGCAUACACUGUCACUAGAAUGGGCAGUGAUGGACUCGUACGGAAAGAUGGAAAGCCGACAAAUCCACCGUCGUCUGCGAACGAUCAAACGCCCACCACCCACGGUCAAGGGUCGUUAUUUCCAAAGCAGAAACAAGUGAUGAAGGGGGAUGAUGAUGAUGGGCCCCCACCGGCCACUGGGGUGGAUGGGAAUGGGGAUGUGGAUGACAAUGUGGAUGCGGAUGACAAACAUGUCGUUCGAAUUAACAACGCGCUUCAUGGACGCACAGCGGGUGGGGCUGGGGUGGAUGGGAAUUCAUCGUCGCCGUCCGGUGCGGAGAGUAAAAACACGUACGCGCCGAUGACGUUUUCUGGUCAGCCAUCGAGGCCGAAUAUGACAACAUCGUACGACAAUGCACUGUUCGAAGAGAACAAAAAGCAAGGGCCAGGAAAAGACGCCCGCUCGAAGCAGUCCCAGGAUGCAUCCAGGCCAACACUAGCUUUGCUGAACAAGCAGCCUCGUAGCAGUGAGCAAUUACUUGAAUUGAGUGGGGGAUUCUCUGGAAUGCCAGCUCAAGGGAACAUGCCAAUUGCUUCGAGAAGAACCUCGCAGACUUUCAAAGCGUACGCAAGGGAGAAUUUCCAAGACCAUAAGAAAGGUUUCCUGAGAAAGGAAAUCCCUAAGGAAGAGCUCAUGGCCUUCUCUAAGGUGCCGAUUAAGACCCCUCUUCUAAGGCAUCUUGAAGGGACUCGCUCGAAAGACAAUGCAGUGAAGGCAUAUCGCCAUUUGAUGUCAUUCAUGGGUGACUUGACCACAAACAAAAGUCCUAUCUUUCACAUACGGGAGAUUCUGAAGAUUGGGAUUGCAGAUGUGGAUGUCCGAGAUGAGAUCUUCUGUCAAAUAUGCAAGCAAACAACUGAUCAUCCUGACAGGUUAAAGGCGGCCACAGGGUGGCAGGCCAUGGCACUUUGUGCUGGCAUAUUUUCGCCCAGCAUCGGGUUCCAGCGUGUUUUGGAAGCCCAUCUUGAAAAGGCCACUGAAGAGCAUCCACAAUACCAGGACCAGACACAGGAUGAUUACAUACACAUCAUGUCCAUAGCUGCCUGUGCUCUGAGACGUCUGAAGAAAGUCAUCCAAUCUGGGACCCGAAAGGUUGCGCCUGACAAAGAAGAGAUUGAUGCUGUGGAGAGAAUGGAGAGUAUUCCGGUCGAAGUUUACCUGCCUGAUGAAAGUCUACAAGUAAGUAUGUAGUCGUUCUCUGCAUGCUUUCCUCAGUAUUUCAAAAAUCAGUUGCGCCCUCUCUCGUCUUGCACUCAGUAUUUCAGGAUCUUCUCCAAAUCUGAACUUUGACACACAUUGUUAGGAUUGCACCUCUGACGAUCCAUGAAUCAAGGUGCAAGAGACAGGAGGGAAGGAGAGGUAUUAGGACCUGGCAAUUCUCUCUUUUGGGUGAGGUCCUGGGUUCUUUUUCGGCCCUCCCUGGUCUUAUGCUGCUCUUUGAGGGGAUUCAGACAGGUUUGAAACAAAGUUGGCGAUAAACAAGGGUACACGGAAAACAAAAGCAUAAAGCGAAA